AUGAGUUCAGAUUUUUCCGUUUGUAUGCGCAGUUUGUGCUGUGGUUUUGUGUCAGGUCUCGCUGAUCAGUUGUCACUGCGUCAUUGUUUGUUACAGGUCUACUUGUUUUAUUUUACGGAUUCGCAGGAAGUGAGCUCUUGCUGCACACGGUUGUUUUGCUGUGAAGAAAGUCAAGUUUUUGCUCGUCAAACUGGACGCGUGACAAUAAUUGUCGGUGAAGUGGAAAAGCAAGCAGAAGACGAAAAAAUAAGCAGUUGGAAGGAUGAGGAAAUGAACAAUAAACGCAUAGCGGUAGAUAAAAAACACUUGAGUUGUGUUAGACUAAUGAAGUCGCAAGAUUGCCCAGGAACUGAGAACGUAGUUUCUCAUCCUGUUAAUCAUGGAAACGAAAUGUGGGAUGGAGAGAUGUUUUUAAUAAAGAGAGAGUGCCACUUGCGGGAAGAAUGUAAAAUUUGCCUGUGGUUUGUUAUUCGAAGGGAUAACUUCCGAAUUUCAAAACAUUCUGUUCAAUGUUUACCUAAAAUCUGGAUGGAGGAUUCGACUGUCACAGGUGCAAUCUGUGUAGAUGAUUCUGGUUUCACUAUAAGUCAGCAGGGUAUGGUAGAUCAUGAGUCGGUAGCUGCUGCAACAAGAGAUAUAAUCGUGCUUGCGAAGAAGCUCGAUCGAACAUCAUCUGAAACUCCUACAGUGAUCUUGAGCAGCGACAACCAUAAUACCAUUAUUACUCAGGAUGAUUCCGUAACAAUUGCGGUACAAAAGAAGAAAGUAUCUGGUUAA